GCCACACAAAUGGCGCAUGUUUUUGACGACCACGUGUUUGUCUUCGCGAUAUCACGGCGUUGAUAUUAAGUUUGUAAGAUAGUUGAAUUUCGCUCGUUGUUAGCCGUUGAUACGAAUUUCACGUGAAAAAAUGAGGCGUCUUUAAUCAAUAGAGCGAAGAUAUUAAACUUACGAAAAGGAGAUAACUAGAAAUAUUUAUAGAUUUAUAAAUAAUUUUGAUAUAUCCAUGUUGAUACAAUGGAAACGGAGCAAGAAAAUGUAAAUGUUAAUCAACAAAAUAGAGUUUCGGAAGAAUCUGGCUUGAGAAACGAAGACGGUCAAUGCAGUGAUGCUGCUUUGACAGUUUGCAACAAUAAAGAAGAUAAACAAUCUUCUAUAAACAUGACAGAGGCAAAUAUCAUUGAUGAUACAUCGAACUCUGAUGUUGUUUUGAGCAAUGAAGGCAAUGCACCUUCAAGCGAAUCUUCAUUAACAGAUGAACAUUCUUAUGCCAAUGUCAACAAUGAAAGUUUAAGUGUACAGCAAAGUUCGACAAUCAUUGAAAACACUACUUCAGAUGAGUUGAUGCAUGUGGAAUCAGUAUUACCUUUAGAUACUUUGAAUAAUGUAAUUAGUAAUAGUGACAAAGAAAUUAAUAACCAUCCUAACAACAAAGACAAUGAUGUUGUACCUAUGAUUAGUAGCGAAGUUGUUGAAGUGAUUACAAUCAGCACCGAUGAUAUUCAAAAAACUUGCACAAAAAGUAAGGAUUCUGAAAAUACAAAUUUAAGCAAUGAAAAGGAUGCAGCAACGACAGCAGACCUGUUUUAUAUAGAUAAUCAAACUUCACUUGCUGCAAUAGCUGCUCAAUAUGACAGUUCGGAUUCUGAGGAAGAAAAAGAUUCUGGAAAUUCUGGCAGGAAAGCUGUUUUAAAUAUUCAAGAUUAUCGUAAUAAGGAAGUUGUACUGUCAAGUGACGAAACGAGUGACAGUGAGAGCGAUUCAAGCAGCAGUGAUUCUGAUAGCAAUUCAGACUUGCCUGGCUCUGGCAGCAGUGAUAGUGGUGAUUCAGAUGAUGAGGAAAAAGUCAAGAAAGUCAAGAACAAAGGAAAGAAUCCAAAGAAAGUAUUCAAACCAAAAAGUGAAUUCGAUGAUCUGCCUCCAAUUGAAGAUUUGAAAAUCAGUGUACCUGAAGUACUUUGUGACCCGUUAGGCGAGGUUGCAUGGACUGUUGAGCAAAUGGUGGUUGUUCGUCCAAAACCUGGCAAGCCAACACUUAAUUUAGAUACAGUGUUAUUUAUUGACAAGGGUCAGAGAGCACUGGGUCAUAUAUUUGAUGUAUUUGGUCAAGUUGCUGAACCUCAUUAUUGCGUAAGAUUUAAUAGUUCAGAUCAUAUUCAGGAGUGUGACAUUAAAGUAGGCAUGACUGUGUACUAUUGUCCAAACACACCGUACACAUCCCUAGUCUUCGUAAGCGAAUUGACAAAGAUGAAGGCAAUAGAUGAUCUAGGAGAUGAUGAACCUCCACAGUUUUCAGAUGAUGAAGAAGAACAAGCUUAUUUAGCAAGUUUAAGAAAUAAAGCGAACAACAAGCAAAAAGACUCAGCUGGUGAAAGACCAAUGAAACGUAAACGAACUAACAAGGCAGGUUGGCAAUCUAAUCAUCCUUGGAACAGCAAUAGAGAACAUCAACAAAUCUCACCAAAUGUUCAUUCACCAAAUCCAAGGCCUUUUUACCGCUCACAACAUCCAUGGUCUCGCCCAAGAUACCAGCAACCAAAUUCUUGGAACCAAUACAACAUGUAUCCAGCUAAUCAGUGGAUGGGUCAAUAUCCACAGUAUAAUGAAGUACAGCCUUACAAUGAGUAUCUGGCUCCGGUACAAGUUUCACCAAUGCAAAUGCCAAACGUCAGAUAUCCGCAAAUGCAGUGGAAUCCUCACUACCCAGUGCCUCAAAUGAAUGCAAUACCAGUUCAAAGAUUUCCUCAAACAUUAGUACCACCGCUCACUGUACCUCCACCACCACCACCACCACCUCCUCCAAAUGCGGACACAUAAUUGUUACAUUGAUAAUGUUGUGUAAUUAAAUUUUUUUAUAUAAAUACGUUUUUGUUAAAAGAAUAUAUAUAUAUAUAUAUAUA